UUUACUUAUUUUUAUAGGAAUUAUAUUAAAAACAUUGGCAUGAAACGCUUCGUUUAGAUGCAUCUAAAGAAUAAUGAAAUGAAAAGUGGCAUAUUUCAAAAAUUCGUUGAAAGGAAAGCUUCAAUUGCAAAACGUGGAAUUGAACCAAUUACCAAGAAAUAUCUGUUUGAAACAGUGGAAAUAAUACUCCGUUUUAUGGGUAAUCACCGUUGCGCCUUGGAAACGUGAGCUUGACUUGAAUUGGCCUUGUCGGGCGCUAAUCGUCAUCAACCGUUGGACCGACGUACUGCAGAAUUGUUGCAGUACUUGAUUGGGAAAUUAGUGAGUGGCAGCAGUUGGCUGCCAUUUGCUGGUGUGGGCGCCUCGGCAUAUCCAUGUGAUAUAUGUUAGUAUUCUUGUGGCAGAUUCGGUCAAUCGCAUUGCCAUUACAAUAUACAAAGUUAUGGCAAUGAUACUCUGGAGGAAUUCCGAGCCCUGCAUUGCAGUGCAGUUCAAGUUGCCUUUUGAGCUGUUGAGGAUUUGUAUCGAGAUUGCUGCACAGUCAGCUUCAAAUUACAAGCAAAUAAAGGGCCCGGCAACAUGGAGACCCAACCACCCACCACAUCCCGCAAUGCCCGGCCAGAGUUGAGUUAUGAACGUGCUGGGAACAGGAAGCGCAACGAAUCAAAGCCAGAGGCAACAAACCCAACACCAGUGGCUAGCACACAGUACAGGGUAGAGAAGGUAAAGUAAAUGUGCAAACAUUUAUUUAUGUGCCAGCCAUGGAGCACUUUAAGGCACUUCAAUUGCCCUGAUUUGCCCAGCCACUAGGAGCAGCAGCAGUUGCAGCUGCAGCUACGGGGAUUUCCCCGCUUCGUAACCCAAACAAAUGCUGUUCGAGUGGAUGCUGGACAACGCUUACAAAUGACACUAGGCUAGCGUCUAGUGUUGCUGCCAGUUUGAAUAUGCAUGCGUCUGUCUGCCUGUCUGUCCAUCUGUUCUGUCAGGUAGUUUUGCCAAUUCAAAUUUCAAAUUUGUCGGGAAUUUGCAAUUGCAUUCUUGCCCAUGCCCUUAAGCCAACCCCUGGCUAUUGCCAGCGUGUGGCCCAUGUGGCGUAUCCUAUGCGCACCUCAUCUUCUCCUCCCUUUAGCGGCUUGCAUUCCACAGCAAUCGAAAAUGGAAUUAAAUGUUUUGCAAACACUUGAACGCGUUUGCCUUGUCGGGGAGCAAACCCAACAACCAGCAGCAGCGUUUUCACAGGAUAUAAAUUAAAUUUUAUUGCCAACUUUGGUCCGUUUGCGCUGUAAAUUGUGAUGGAUUCCCUCCAUUCGGCUUGUUCUAUAUUUCCAACGCGGCAACAUAAAGGCACAUACAUAUAUAUUAGUGUGCAAACUGAUGAAUAGCAAUUACCCGUAAAGUGUGGGCAGUAUUGUGCAUCGCUGUACUGCAGUUGGAUUUAAUUGUAAUGUGGGCAAGGCUACAAAAUUAAGGAUCAAAUUGGAAAUAAGUCACAAUAACUGCGGCCGUAGAUGUAUGCUUCAGUGUAUUUUUCUAUAUUUAUCUAUUCAUUUAUAUUCUGGAACGAUAAAUAAUUCUUAAAUAUUAUUCUUUACUCUCAAUAACCAAACACAAGAAAAAGCAAUGAUUGCUGGAGUUGAAUCACUAACUUCUCGCUUGUUAGUUCGACGCCCAGAAACCGAAGUCUCCAAGAUCAUGACGUCACGUUUGCAAAGCCCCCAUAUAUAUCAACAGAAGCAUUUACUAGCGCAAAUAUCAUGAUUCGUGAAACAGUGACUUUCAGUUUUAAUGAGCUCUUGAGAGUAUUUCAUUUCUUGCGUUGCUUUAAUUAACAAAAAAUGUUUCAUUACCAAACAAGAGAAGGGCACGAAAUGAGAAACCUUCGUCCAAAGAAGACAUAUGAGCCACAGACGUGGCACAUUUAAACUGGCUGCUGUCUGCUGCCAAGGAACACAAGAGCAAAUAAAAAGUCGCCACUAAGUAGUGUUUUCUUUUUGCAAAUGUUGUCCAUUUCUCCCUGUCUCGCGUCCGUUUUCUGGCACUGGCCCAGGCCCUGGCUAUGCUGCAAAGGGUAAAGGGUGAAGGGGAAGGAGUUGUUGCACUUGGCGUUAAAAAAGCGGAAAAUCGCAGCACAUUUUUGCCUUUUAAUUAAGCCCUCCAUUUUUUAUGUGCCUUUCGAAAGCGACACGGCGUGAUUUCAUGCGAGAAGUGUGAGAAUAGUUUAUUUUUCACCAGAGCCCAAAGCAUUGCCCAGAUUGCAAAAUGGCAAAAUAACGUGCGUGCAAAGGCCAGAGGAAUGCAACGGUUAAUGCAGGUCCUGCUGCCCAAAUGAGACUGUGAAGAGUAUGCCGAAAGGUUUAAAUGGAAUGUAAUGCAGAACUAAGGGCGUAAUUGAAGGGCCAAGAGAACGCCAUGACUACUGAACAGGUUUAAUCACACAUAUACACAAUUUACUUGUAAAGAAGAUGACGUUUAUUUGUUGCUUAAAAUUCUUCUCGAACUAAGCACUUUUUGUGUGUCUCUAUCAUGACUGUAUUAACCUAUAUUUGAACCAAUUAAUUUAAUUAAUUUACAUUUGCGCUAAAUACAUUUUUUAGUAGAAUAUGUGCCCCUUACGUAGAUACAAAUAGAACAUGCUUACACCCAUUAUUAAUUUGUUAAUCUUGAAAAUUAUGAAAAUAUAAAAAUUUAAGCUUUAAUAUUUAAUCGUUAGUAAAAUAUGAGUAUUAAGAAGAGAAAAUAAACGAUUGAAGUCAAAUUAUAAAUUUAGUAUAAUAUAUGCAAUUACAAGUACCUUCUAUUUGUAUGGUCAAAAUUUAGACAAAGAACUGUUUGCGACGACUGAUAUAUGUAUGUAUAUACUAUACACUUAUUGGGGAAAGGUUCAAGAAUUAUAAAAAGAGCUGUUUAUGGUAUGUUGCAUUCAGUUAACAUCGGUGUGCACAGCUGAACGGACGCGUGUGUACAUUAGAGAGAUAUCUGUUAGUUAAUUUGGAUGCUUGACACGAUCGUUAAGCGAGCACGUAGCGAGCUUGACAAAUUGAUAAACUGAGCGAACAGUUUGAUAGCGGCUGCAGAAGCUCUUCUCUUUUUUUAACGCAGCAUGCGAGAGUUGUCAUACUACUUGGUAAGCCUCUUGCUAGCGACUGGAGUGCUAUCUAGCUACAAUGCCUAUCGUUUACCCACGGCUCUCAAGCCCCAACACUAUGAUCUCCGCAUACUGACCCACUUGACUGGGCCUGACGAGCUGCGAUUCGAGGGUCGCGUAAAAAUCGAUUUUCAAAUACUGCAAGAGACAAGGAAUAUUACGCUUCAUGCCAAGAAUUUGACCAUAGAUGAGGCAAACAUUAGUUUGACAUCGCUAAACGGCAGCAAUUACAGCAUCACAAACAUUGAGGUAAAUGAAAAGUGUGAAUUUUACAUAAUGCAUCUCGCUGAGAAACUACAGCUCACUGAGCGCUACCGGCUGAUCAUGCCCUUCAAGAGUAUGUUGAAUGCAAAUGAUACGGGCUACUACUGUAGCUCCUUUGAUGAUUCAGUGACAAAGCAAGCACACUACUUGGCAGCAACUCAAUUCUCACCGACUUAUGCCCGGACUGCAUUUCCGUGCUUCGAUGAACCGCAUUUGAGGGCAACGUUCAGGGUUACACUGGGCUAUCAUAAAAACUAUACAGGACUAAGCAAUACACCAGUGAACAAAUGUGUAGUACAUGACACGCUUGAGGAUUAUGUUUGGUGCGAGCAUGAACCUCUUUUGAGUACGUCCACCUACCUGGUGGCCUAUGCCGUGCACAAUUUAACUAGCGUACCAGCCCGGCCAAGUGACACUGUGCAUAAAGUCACCUUUCGCAGCUGGAUGCAACCGAAGGUCGUUGAGGAAAGCAGCUUCCUGGUGGAAUUCGCACCAAAAGCCUUGAGUUAUUUGGAGAGACUUUUGGAGUAUACGUUUCCAUUGCAUAAGGUUGAUCAGCUGGCGCUGCCAACUCACAAAUUUAGUGCCAUGGAGAACUGGGGUCUGGUCACGUUCAAGCAGAGCCAUUUUGUGCACAACGAUGAGGUGGAAAUGCAGCAGACAAAAGAGAAUAAGGCAAGCACCGUGGCACAUGAAUAUGCACACCAAUGGUUCGGUAAUUUGGUAGCCAUUAAAUGGUGGAACGAUCUUUGGCUUAAGGAGGGACCUUCCACAUACUUCGGCUACUUGACUCUGAAAUCUCUGAUGCCUGAAUGGGGCAGUUUUGAGCGCAGUAUUGCAAAUGAUUUGGCUCUAUUCUUUUAUCAGGAUAUGUUUAACGACACAAUUGCAAUUUCACGCUCUGUGAACGAUUCGAAAAGCAUUUUGGAACAGUUCACUCCGUAUGUGUACAAAAAGGGUUCCCUGACGAUACGCAUGCUGCAUAUGUUGCUAGGCAACGAUGUUUUUUUUACAGGCAUACGCAACUAUGUGGAUCGGCACGCUUAUGACAGUGUUGCACAGUCUGAUCUCUGGCAGGCGAUGCAGGAGGCUGCGGUUGUCAAGGGCACCUCGGCUGCUGCCAUACCUCUGUCCACUGUCAUGGACUCUUGGACACUGCAAAGGGGUUAUCCGCUUGUGAGCGUGAUUAGGAACUAUACAGCAGGUUUUGUACGGGUUAAUCAAACCCGAUUUAUGCUGGCAACUGCUGGCGAAGAUAAAAACGAUGAGAGCUGCUGGUGGAUUCCGCUCACGUUUGUUAACCAACUGCAUGGAGAUUUUGAGCAAACACAACCACAGUUUUGGCUCGAAUGUCCCGGUGCUGAGAAAACCGUACAGUUAAUCAAUAUCCCAUCUCCUGACGAAUGGCUUAUGCUGAAUCCACAAGUGAAUUCCAUCUACCGUGUCAACUAUGAUGAGCGCAAUUGGCGCAUGAUCAUCGACACCCUAAAUUCCGACGACCACUUUCGCGAUAUUCAUGUGCUCAAUCGAGCACAGCUGGUGGAUGAUCUUUUGGCACUGGCGUCGACAAAGCAUCAGAGCUAUGAGCUGGCAUUCAGAAUGCUGGAGUAUCUGCCGCGGGAGCGCGAACUUUUGCCCUGGAAUACAGCUAUUGAGGUGCUUAACAAGCUUGGUGCCUUGUUUCGCGACGAGAUGGCGAUGAAAUUUAGGCUCUUCAUGAGGAAGCUUGUUGCACCACUUUACGGACGCUGUCCCCAAAUAAACUCAGUAGAGUUAAGAACCAAGUCGAGUCCAUCUAUUGCUGUAUAUCGUUUGGCUUAUAAUCAGGCCUGCCGCUACGGCGUGGACGACUGCGUCAGACAGGCCGUGCGAUAUACGCAAGGAACUGAGUACGGCACGGAGGUGCCUGUUAAUUAUAGAGAUAUUAUGUAUUGUACGAGCAUUGGACAGGGCAACGAUAUGCUGUUUCAUUUUGUGAGGGAACGCUUUCAAAACUUAACUGCUGAUGCAAUAAAGGAAGCCUGGGCAACAGAGCUUGGCUGCAGUCCUGAUUUUAGCCAGUUGCAAUCGUUUUUGGACUAUUUACUGCAAGCAACGGAUAAAACCACAUAUAGUUAUUAUAUACAAGCCGUUACUUCAGCACUGCGCCGUCAACAUGUGGCACCGGAGACCGCAGACCACAUUCUGAAGCAUGCCACAAUACUCAAUAACAAAUUCAGCAGCAAAGAAAUUAAAAUGUUGCUCUUAACAAUAAUUGGCAAUUCGUAUACCGAACUUGAGGAGCAUCAGUUGAGGCAACAAUUGAAGGGCUUAAGUAAAUUCGAGGAGCAUCUACGGGAAGCGUUUAAUAUGCGUGCAAUAAAUCGAGAUUGGCUAACGCAACGUGCCGAAUAUUUUAUUAGAGCUUUAAGCAAAUAUCUUUAAGACUCAUACAAUAGUAGCUGUGUGGCUGCUAAUUGUAGCUGCUUUGAUUCUGAGAACGAUAAAACUAGCUGAACUCGAACACUCAA